AGUACUGCUUGAGCAAGCGAGACCAUUGCCUGAGGGAGGCUGUCACAUACGCGCACCGCUGUUGCUCGCUCUAUGCUGUUUUCUUAUUUAUGUUUUUACAGUUCAAAAAAAUGGCGAAGCUUAGCGAGCACGGGAUUCGCCUUAGCUGCAUGAGCCCUUCUUACCUUUACAGCAAUUCAACGAGUCAUACCUGGCCUUUCAGCGCUAUUGCAGAACUUAUAGACAAUGCCUGUGACCCCGGAGUUACAGCCAAACAGAUUUGGAUUGAUGUUGUUGAGAUCAAGGGGAAUCUCUGCUUGACAUUCACAGACAAUGGAUACGGCAUGACACCAAGCAAGCUGCACAAAAUGCUCAGUUUUGGCUUCACAGAGAAAGGGUCGAGUAGAGGUCAUCAGCCCAUAGGAGUGUAUGGAAAUGGGUUCAAGUCUGGAUCGAUGCGGCUGGGGAAGGACGCGAUGAUCUUCACUAAGAACGGAGGCUGUCUGAGCGUGGGGCUGCUGUCACAGACUUACCUGGAGCACAUCCGAGCAAAGGCUGUCAUUGUGCCCAUCGCUCCGUUCAACCCGCAAAACAAUAUCCUGGUAGUGACAGAGGACUCCGUGGCUAGUCUGGGUGCUAUCCUGGCCCACUCACUGUUCCAGACCCAGGAGGAGCUGCUGGAACAAUUAGAUUCCAUCCCCAGCAAGAAGGGGACCAAGAUCAUAAUCUGGAACAUCCGCAGAAACAAGGAUGGAAAGCCAGAACUGGACUUUGAGACAGACGCACAUGACAUCCGGAUACCAGAUUUACGCUCUGAGCAGCCAGGGAGUUCCAGCAAAAAGGGUUGUCGUGAACCUGAGAGGGCUGACCAGACUGUGCCAGAGAUGGACUACUCGCUACGGGAGUACUGCAGCAUCCUGUACCUGAAGCCACGAACUCAGAUCAUUCUCCGGCAGAAGAAGGUUCAGACCAAGCUGAUCGCCAAGAGCUUGGCCAACAUUGAGCAUGACGUCUACAAGCCUAACUUCAUUAACAAGCGAGUGCGAAUCACGUUUGGGUUUAACUACAAGAACAAGGAGCACUAUGGAAUCAUGAUGUACCACAAUAACAGGCUGAUCAAGUCCUAUGAGAAAGUGGGCUGUCAAAUCAAGUCCAACACCCGAGGCACUGGUGUGGGGGUGAUCGGAGUGAUUGAGUGUAACUUCCUGAAACCAGCACACAACAAACAGGACUUUGAGUACACCAAAGAGUACAGACUGACUCUGGCAGCUCUGGGAUUGAAGCUGAACGACUACUGGAAAGUGAAGAAAGCAAAUAAAUUGCAGGAUCAGGUGGAAGACAACAAGAAGACAGAGGAGACACAAGGGAACCCGGACCAGCACUGGGUGCAGUGUGAGGAGUGCCUGAAGUGGAGGAAACUACCUUUCACAGAGGAGCCUGUCCCUGAGCCGUGGUACUGCCACCUCAACCCUGACCCCAAGUGCAGGAGCUGUAUUGACCCAGAGGAACCUGAGGAAAGUGAAGACGAGCUCACACCCAGCUACGAGAAGACCUUUAAAAAACAAGAUUUGAGCAAUGACAGAAAAAGGAGUAUGUCUCUUGAGGGAGGUAUCGUCAAACCAGAGCUGUCCCGGGGUCUGUCUGGACCACCCAAUCUUCUCACCAGUCAAGAGGAGGAGCAGGUGGAGGGGAUGGAGAAAGGCGUGGCUGGGUCGAGCGUCCCCAGUAAAAAGCAAAAACAAGGCUUGGACAGCAGUCGCCAGGACAUAAGGCCCGAAGCGUGGGGAGGAUUGGGAGAUCAGGCCCAUGCUUUUGUGAAAACAGGCUUGGGCUCCAGUGAGGAGGAAGAGGGCCAUGACGUAAUCAUAGUCUCAGAAAAGAGAACCCCUCCCACCCUGCCCAUUAUCAAAAAGGAAGAGCAGAUGUUGCUUUGGCCUGCAGGGGGUGUGGCUCCUAAAGGACAGCAGAAUCUCUGGAACAAAUCCAAGAAAAAGGCUUCCUCCACAGCCCAAACAGUCGUAGUGCCACCAAGAACGAGAGAAGGGUGGCCCGUGAAGGCCCUGACCCAUGGUAAUGUUACAGCACAGGAAGGGAGAAGAAGAAAGCCUGCUGCCAUGGCUGCAGACUGCCCAGAGAGCGAACAGCAGGCACAGAUCCAGGCUCUGGAGCAGGCAGCCCGCUCAGAGAAACUGGCAGAGCUGGAGAAGGAGGCAGAGAGGCUGAGAGGGAAUCUGAGGGUCCCCACACUGCCCCAGGACUGCCCCACAAGCCUGCAGCAGAUGAGGCAACUGUACCAGCAGGCCUGUCGGGAGAAGGAGUUCUUCAGCCAGGGGCUGAACGAGGCCGAAGACAAACUGGUUGUCAUCUCUGCCGAAAGGGACAAGUACAGACAUAAGGUGGCUGAGCUGGAGCGGGAGAAGUGUCGCCUGCAGCAGGAGUGUCACAAGAGCCAGCAGGAGGUGCUGCUGCUCCGAGCUCAUCCUACCAGAGCCAAUGAAGAGAUCUUCUGGGGCAAGAAGUACACCAGCUUCCAGUACCAAGAGCUGGAGCCACUGCGGGCCGAGCUGGACCGGAUUCGGAGGGAGAAGAGGGAGCUGGAGAAUCGACUGAGCAGGCAAGGAGAGACCCAGGAGCAGGGCACAAGCCCCCAGCCCAGUGCCACUGACAGCAGUACCAUGGAGAGGCUGCGUAUGCUGCGCCAGAACGUAGCGAACCUGCUGACCUCGGUCCUGCCUCACUUGGACCUGAAGGAGAUCAGUUUCGACACAGGAGACAUCGACCACAUCCUGGAGAAGGUCAUUGAAGCCAACAAGAUCUGAGGCCCAGGCCAGGCCAGGACAGAUCAUGUGAUCCUUCAACAGGCUGUUGUGCCCUGUCAUUUUCAAGGAUGCUGCCUUUACAAAUAUCUAUGUAUUAUCAGCAAGCUGUCAAAAUUCUACAAAAUCUAGCAAUCACGCAAUGUAUAAAAUCUAAGAAAUAGGGAGAUUAAAUAAACUAUACUGUAAUAGUUAGCUGGACAUUAUUUACGACAUAUGUUCCAAUAACAAAGAAAAUAAAUAGCAUACCAAAUUAAUUUAGUGACUGAUGUUUGGAGUUGUUUUUGUGGAAUGGCGAAACAUACUGGUAUAGAAUUAAAGUGUGCAUGUUAAAAUGGGGCACCCUUAGAAAAGGAAUAGGGUAUUUUUUUUUAUCAUGCAGUGCUUUUAUAGCGGUAAAGACAGGUUCACACCUGUCUAUUGAGGUAGGCAUGCAGUGUAUUUUUAUUUGUAUUUUGUGUCUGAAUUCAAAGCAUAGCAACAUAGCUCAUAGAACCACUACACUAUCACCCACACCCUAAAACUGCCAAGUAUUACGUUUUUCCACAUAUGAAGUAACCAGUUUUUAAAUCACCUGGUUUCAAUUCUUACGGAAAAACACAACUGAAAAAGUGGAAUAGCCAGAGUUGUCUACCCAAGCCCCCUCAACAACAACAACCAUUAUCAACUUUGACUUUUAUAAUCCCUUUUCUCUAUCAUAUGUAAAAAUUGCUGCAGAAAAAUAUAUACCAGUAUAUAUAUAUUUUUUCAGGUUCAAUGAUACUACUGACGAAGAGUAGAACAUAUGAAUAAUAUGGCUGAAGUCAAUCCACCUUAACCACUGUGUGUACAUGUUGUAUUGUAAAUUAGAUGAAUGCUAGACCCACAUUUUCCUACUAUGUGUGUGUUUGUACUUAGUUUUUUUGUUGCAAGGUUCCUAAUAUGUCAAUUAAGUCAAAUUGACAUAUACAAAUCCUAUAGAAGUAAAACAUUUUGUUGUAAAUGGUAUGGUAGCGAUUAGUGUAAAUAAUAUAGAUUACUAGUGAUUGUUUUAUAUAGACCGCCAAUCCCUUUUCCUGUUUUAUACAUUCUUGAUCACAUCUCUGUAACAGUGAAAUCAGCGAAAGAUGCUUAAGAGUCUUUUUUAUACAGCUUCAAACCAUAUGGAAAGUACCUAGUGCUUCAGAACAGUGCCUUAAUGCAGUACUAUGUUGAAAAAAGAGAGAUCUAUUGGGAUGUCUCUGUUGUUGCGCUGUGUGUAACCAGCUGGAAAAAAAACAACAGCAGCAAUCUGAGAAUCGCUAGAACCAAAUGAAACCUUUCCCAAUACCACUAGAACAACAUCUCCCCGACUGUGUAGUCAAGGCCUCUUUAGAAAGACCUACGCUAAAUGUUAAAUACAAAAUAAAAAGAACAAUACAUGACAGAUGAGUUAAUAAAGUAAAGGAGUUUGUUUUUACUAAAUUAAUUACAUUUGACACAGCUUACCCUUAAAUCUAAGACUUUAACCAUUUCUUGAACACAUGACUAGAAAGCCAGUGUCUUUGUAAAACAAACUUUUAACAUAUUUCAUCACUGGCACCAAAAAGGUUAAAGUAUGAGGUGUGUUGCUCAUAUUUAAAUAUUUGAAAACUAGAUGGUAGAAAGUAAAACGUUUUGUUCUAUUUUGUUUUUUAUUGUUGAUUUUUUUUUUUUCAUUGACAGUUGUUACUUGUUACUGAUUGUCAAAAUACCAUAGAAAUAGUUUAUGAAGGGCAGAAGCACAACUUGUGGUCAGUCCACUAGAGGGAACUGUUAUGCGGAUGUUUGAUGCUGCUGCCCUCUGGUGCAUGCCAAAGGAGGUACAUUUAACACCGUGUGUGUACAAUGCUACAUGUUUCAUUGAUGGGAAAUAUAUAUAUAUAUAUAAAUCUUUUAGCUGUAGCAACUAGGGAAACAUAUUCAUGAUGCAUUCAAUUCUACUACCUUUGUAUUAUGUUGAGCCCCACCUCUUGUAUUUAAGCACCAUGUAAUUGUGAAGCACACUGUAGAACAGGAAGCGUCUACGACAGCUUCAUUUUGCAGAUAUCCCACUAUGGACAUGUUUACGGCAAAAGAACACAUAUACUGUAUAUCAGUCCAAAGUAGUAAUGAUUUUAACUUUGUAGCAUGUAUAUAUUUUGCAGAUUUUUAAGAAACACAAAAUUUGUAAAAAUGUCUUGCUCGCAAGCAUUCCAUGUUUUGCAGUGCCAAAUAGCUGUAGCAGUGAAUGUAUUUCUCUUGGCCGUCAACCUUCAUUGUGCAUCCACUCAUAAUAUUACAACUUUGAUCAAUGUACUUAUUCAGUCAUGUAUUUUCGAUGUCUUAAUGUUUAAUUUAUUGUCAUUUUUUUCAUAUCUAUAAUAUAUUUUCUACCAAGUGUGAAACCUGUUUUGUUUUGUAAUGUUUGAAUGCUCUGUGGUGUUCGAAGGGCAUAUUGUUUGGCUGUUGUUGUUUAUAUAUAUAGAUAUGUGUAGUAGAAAAACUGGGGUUUUUUUUAUAAAAUAUUUGAAUAUAUAAA